GAAAUUCUCUCUCUCUUGCCCGCAAGUCGUCGUCGUGGUCUCAACUGCAGCAACCCGGCAAGUCUGCAACAGCCAGAGAUACACGCAGUAAUAAUAGUAAGCUGAAAAAAGUCAAAAAUCAUUACUAGGGAGAAUUUAUACCUACUGGCUACAGGAGUAUAAAAAUGAGGCGAGGGUGCUGAGAGGGACUCUGAAACCACCAUAAGAGCAGAGGUGAGCGAGAGAGUGUUUGGAUCACAAUUUAUACAAACAAUGUGGAGAGCGGCUCGAUCUGCGGUGUCAAGUCUCCGCCGCCGCCGCUGCUCGCGGUGGUACUCGACGGCGAUUCCGGGACCGUGUAUUGUCCACAAGCGCGGUGCUGAUAUUCUCCAUGAUCCGUGGUUCAAUAAGGAUACAGGCUUCCCUUUGACUGAAAGAGAUCGACUAGGACUUCGUGGUCUACUUCCACCACGUGUCAUAUCUUUUCAACAGCAAUAUUCUCGUUUCAUGGAGUCAUUUCGAUCUCUUGAAAAGAAUACUCAAGGACAACCAGAGAGUAGUGUAUCAUUAGCAAAAUGGAGGAUCUUGAAUAGAUUACAUGACAGGAAUGAGACAUUGUACUACCGAGUUCUUAUUGAUAACAUUAAAGAUUUUGCUCCUAUAGUAUACACUCCAACGGUGGGAUUGGUAUGCCAAAACUACUCAGGGUUGUUCAGGCGCCCACGUGGGAUGUAUUUUAGCGCCAAAGAUAAGGGAGAGAUGAUGUCAAUGAUCUAUAACUGGCCUUCUCAACAGGUAGACAUGAUUGUCAUUACAGAUGGAAGUAGAAUUCUUGGUCUAGGUGAUCUUGGAGUUCAGGGAAUCGGCAUACCGAUUGGCAAACUUGACAUGUAUGUUGCGGCAGCUGGUAUCAAUCCACAAAGAGUUCUUCCUGUUAUGCUUGAUGUUGGAACAAACAAUCAGAGGCUUCUUGAAGACCGUCUUUAUCUGGGAUUGCGACAACCUAGGUUAGAAGGAGAAGAAUAUUUGUCAAUAGUUGAUGAAUUUAUGGAAGCUGUUCAUGCUCGUUGGCCGAAGGCUGUUGUGCAGUUUGAGGAUUUUCAAGCAAAGUGGGCGUUUGAGACUCUACAUCGCUAUCGAAAAAGGUUUUGCAUGUUCAAUGAUGACAUACAGGGAACUGCUGGCGUUGCUCUAGCAGGUCUAUUAGGAACUGUCAGAGCACAGGGGCGGCCAUUGACUGAUUUUGCCAACCAAAAGAUAGUCGUGGUAGGAGCAGGAAGUGCAGGGCUUGGUGUUCUUAACAUGGCAAUGCAGGCUGUUUCGAGAAUGUCUGGACCAUCUGCACAUCCUCAAUUUUUCCUUCUGGAUAAAAAUGGUCUCAUCACAAAAGAUAGGAAGAAUAUUGAUCCAGUUGCCUUGCCUUUUGCCAAAGACCAACAUGAGAUUGAGGGACUAGGACUUCGUGAGGGUGAAGGGCUCCUUGAAGUGGUUAAAAAGGUCAAGCCUCAUGUGCUUCUUGGUUUGUCUGCAGUCGGUGGUCUCUUCAAUGAAGAGGUGCUUAAGGCCAUGCGGGAUUCAGAUUCCUCUAAACCUGCUAUAUUUGCAAUGUCAAACCCCACAAACAAUGCUGAAUGCACUGCUGCUGAUGCUUUUAAGCACGCUGGUCCAAAUAUUGUCUUUGGUAGCGGGAGCCCCUUUGCCAAUGUUGACCUUGGGAAUGGAAAAAUAGGAUAUGUAAAUCAAGCAAACAAUAUGUACCUCUUCCCAGGGAUUGGUUUGGGAGCUCUUCUUUCUGGUGCUCGAAUAAUUUCUGACACAAUGUUGGAAGCUGCUGCAGAGCGCCUUGCUUCUUAUAUGUCAGACGAAGAAGUCCAAAAGGGACUCUUAUAUCCAUCCAUCGAUAACAUCCGGGAUAUUACAGCAGAGGUUGGCGCUGCUGUUCUUCGAGCAGCUGUUGCUGAAGAACUGGCGGAAGGACAUGGCGAAGUGGGACCCAAAGAUCUACAACAUAUGUCAAAGGAGGAGAGUGUUGAAUAUAUCCGAAGCAAUAUGUGGGACCCUAUUUACAGUCCUCUUGUUCACGAGACCUGAAGCACAAAGCCGUUCUUGGCUAAACUUAUGCUGACCAGGAUAUCUGGUUAGCCUUCGGGCUGCUAUAAUGUUGAAGUUUAUCUUCGUGCACUAUGUAAUUGUUAGCGGAAGGUUUAAUGGAUGAAAUUAUGCAACUAGAACGAACAUACGAGCUUAUCCCGGAUUCUGAUAUGGCCUCUUUUAAAGCCAUUUCUUGGUCUAUAUUUGAUUGUAUACUCAUUCUUGAACGUAAGACCUCAGAUGUCUUGUACCAAGCAGCCAUUUUGAGUGUCAUAAACUGUUAUGUAGUUCACUUAUGAGUGUUAGCUGAGUUUAUGGCAAUUCCUAAGCCAAUAUAGAACUAUUUGGAAGAGUUGAAUUGUACUAGUUCUAAAAGUUUCAAUUAAACACUCAAACUCGGUCCAUCUAAUAAAUGGUUAUAUUUAACUUUUCUUUACUGAUAAA